AGCCGUCACUCCCUUUCAUUUUCUCUAUUGUUUGAGUCUAAAUUUGCAGUUGUGCAUAGUUUUCUAAAAAAUCUAAUUAAUCUCUUGUGCAUACCAAUUAAAUAACUAAUAGCUCUGCCUCUAAACAAUAAACUAAACGUGAACUGUAUAGAAAUGUGUUAAAAAUUGUAUAUUCUCUACCAGGCUAAGUUAAAGUUAGCUAGAUGUGAGGUUGCAAUGAAAUUAAAAUUUUAGUAAUGACGUAAAAAUUGAAAUUUUAUGCGUGUUGAAUAUAUGAAACAAGAUUGCUAGAUAUAAUCAAAGCUUUUUAUGAGUGCUAACCAGUUUGGAAAAGUGAACUAAUAUAAUGAGUAAGCCAGAAACUGAUUCGGAUAGUUCUGAGGAGUUUUUCGACGCGGAGGAUUCAACGCCAAAUCGUCUAUCGACAUUAAGUCGCAAAUGCAAGAUAUCACUAGACGGCGCACAAGCGCAGGACGGAUUUAUAUUUCCAGAACCUGCUGUGCGUGUGAACCCUUCAUCAGACAGCGAUGCAACUCCAAUAGGCGGCGUAACACCAGCCACCAGCAGUCCGACAAGCAGUCUCAGCUUGGGAGUGCGCGGUCCCAAGCAAGACAUGUUUGUCGAACCUAAGCCCGUAUUGUUUGGUAGGCAGCGCUUUCACGAAUUGCGUCAAUGCAUGCAAAAUGAUGAAGAUGAUAAUCCUGGAAACACACUCACACCUGAUUCUCAGAAUAGUUCCACAGAUGGCGUAUUUACGAAUCGCACGACGCAUCCGUUCAAGGUGAUAGAGAACGAUACCAUGAGCAUACAAAGUAUGACCUCAUUGGGUCGUGUUGGUCGCAUACUAGCAGGAAAUAUUGAUCCGUCAGCUAUGAGCGUGGACCGUGAGUCGCUAGCUGCAUAUUCGACCGCUUCUGCAAAUUCACAUCAGUUGCAACAACAACAACAGAUACAGCAACAGCAACAACAAAUGUACUUACAACAUUUGCAGCAACAGCAACAACAACAGCAGCAACAGCUACAGCAAAAUUUGGGUAUUAUGGCACCAUCCACGAGCAAUAAUUUGGCGGCUUUGGUUGAGCAACAGAAUGCUGCGGCUGCGGCAGCUGCUGCUGCAGCAGCGGCACCUCGUGCUAGUAAUGCCUCACGCAUGAACAACAAAUACAAUACGACACCAUCGCCAUCACCAACACAUAGCCAAACAUCCACAACAACAAUUGGUGCUGCAGCAGGUGCUGCAACAAGGCCGGCUGGCGAUAGCAAGAUAAUUCUUCAAGAGCCUGAUGUGAUUGCAAGCACAAAAUUGGCACAUUCAAAAACAACAGAUUCGAUCACUUCAAGCGGACCGAUUGCGCCACCGCGGCGCAAGAAAAAGUCACGCAAAUCAACCAGUUCCUCGGAUCAGUACAGUUUGAAUGAGGCGAUGCACACGUCCGGUGCUCCGGACACAGAGGACACCGACAGUGAUACACGUUCUGUGAAGAGUGUGCUCGAUGUACAACAGAAGUUGCGCGAUGACAUUGCCGAGGAAAUUGAGCGAUCUUGGAAGGAGAAAAAUGCGAUGGCAAGUGCGAAUGCUGGCACGGCACCGAUCGGUACAGCAACAAUAAAUAGCUCAGCGUUGCAUAUGUCUGUAGCUGGAGGCCGAACACACAGUAUUGGCAUGAAUGCGCUCGCAAUGGGCAUUACCAAUAUACCUUUAGGCCCAGGCAUGACUAUGGCCACGUCAACGGGCAUCGUAUCGGCACCCAUUGCAUCGCUAGCACAAACUUCCACAUGCAACACACGGCCAGUCACUACAGCCACUGUGGGCGGUUCUAUAAAUCGUAUCUCACAUUCGCUAGGCAAUAGUUCUACAUCGGUUUACUCGAAGCCAAGUCCAUCGAAUUCGGCAAAAAGCAAUUCUGCGCCUGGACGUGUUAGAUACUUUUAUGCUGCUGGUUUUAUUUACAGUUCUAUAGAUCCCUCACAAGGCCUCAAUCUAUAUAAGGCCACACAAGGUGGUUGUGUCGUUAAGCCACGCGACGAGGCGUGCAAUAAAGCUGAGGGUCCUACGCAAGAGGAGAUCAAGCGCAUCGAACAAAUUCUGAUGGAUGACGGUGCUCGUCCCAUUUUGGCUGGCACAGGUUCGAACAGCUUGGGUAGUGCCACAAGAUACCCCUCUCUUGUGUACCGUGCAAGCAGCGACAAGGAGCGUCGCAAAUCUGCUGGCGAUGAGGAUGUUCUCAAGCAGAUGAACAUCUAUGUGCGUACGCGCACUAGUUCUGGCAAACAAUUAACCGAUUUUGAAAUACUCAAACAGGUUCCCGUCAAAAAUUUAGAUACCGGUGAGAAUAUGACAUUGUCGGAGGUACGAUCGCCACCAGUACCCGAAGGUUGGAAUCCAUUGUCGUUGCACAUACUGAAACUGACGUCACAUCUCGAGGUGAAUCCAAAGGAAUCUGAUGAGGAGAGCGUCAUUGGUAUACCGCCGUGCAGUGAGGGUCAGCCGCCGGAUGAGGAAGAGGGCGAAGCGGAGGAUGGCAGUCGUUUGAAGAAGAAGACGGCGCGAUUUAAACGUUUCCUCGGCUAUACUGUGCGUAAGACGGUGGAUAAGGCUAAAUCGCUGGCUUCUGAGGUGUCACAUGCGCGACACAAAGAGGACGUUGCUGACAUAACGGAUGUCAUGAAUCCGGAGGCGAAUAUCAAAAUAAAAGCAUCAUCUACGAAUAAGGGACCAUAUGAAUUUACUAAAUUGCAACAUGUGCAGGACUUGUAUGGCGAACACACUGGUGCUGUUUGGUGCAUGAAAUUCAGCUCUUGCGGUCGUCUGCUAGCUACCGCUGGUCAAGACAAAGUGCUACGUAUAUGGGUAUUAAAAGACGCCUAUCCAUUCUUCCAAGAUAUGCGUACCAAAUACAAUGCGGAUCAGAAGUCAUCGCCUACACCCUCACAAGAAUCGCUUGUGUCGCAACAUUCGGAGGAGGCGAUUGCCAUGGCAGCCGCGGCUGAAAAAUGCACGGGCCCAUUUAUGCCGAAAGCCUUCUGCACGUAUAUUGGACACACCUCGGACUUGCUGGACGUGUCGUGGUCGAAGAACUAUUUCAUAUUGUCUAGCUCGAUGGACAAGACUGUACGUUUAUGGCAUAUAUCGCGUAAGGAGUGUCUCUGCUGCUUUCAACAUAUUGACUUUGUCACGGCAAUUGCUUUUCAUCCGCGCGACGAUCGCUAUUUCCUAAGCGGCAGUUUGGAUGGCAAAUUGCGCUUGUGGAAUAUACCAGACAAGAAGGUGGCAUUGUGGAACGAAGUGGACGGUCAAACUAAACUAAUUACGGCGGCGAAUUUCUGUCAAAAUGGCCAAUUCGCUGUGGUCGGCUCGUAUGAUGGACGUUGUAUUUUCUACAACACAGAUCAGCUGAAAUAUCACACACAGAUACAUGUGCGUUCAACGCGUGGCAAAAAUCGUAUUGGACGCAAAAUAAGUGGCAUCGAGCCGAUGCCGGGCGAAGACAAGAUACUUGUCACAUCCAAUGACAGCCGUGUGCGUUUGUAUGAUUUGCGCGACUUAAAUUUAUCCUGCAAAUAUAAAGGAUAUCUGAAUGUGUCGUCGCAAAUCAAGGCCUCCUUCAGUCACGACGGCAAGUAUAUAAUUGCUGGUUCGGAAAAUCAGUGCAUAUAUAUUUGGAAAACAAAUCACGACUACUCGAAACUAAGCUCGGUGCGCCGCGAUCGCAGUGACUUUUGGGAGGGCAUUAAGGCGCACAAUGCGACAGUGACUUGCGCCAUUUUCGCGCCACAUCCAGAGGCCAUCAUAAAAUCGGAGCCGGACGAAAUUGGACACAGCGAAAAGAUGCAAAACCAUCAGCCGGAUCCGCUUGUGGAACAGCAUAAAAAAGGUUGUGGCUAUGUAAUGGUGAGCGCCGACUUCAACGGUGCCAUUAAAGUGUUUAUCAAUAAAACAAAGCCGAAACACAGCAGCUUACCUUACACAGCAAUCGCAGACUAAGCUUACUUACAUACUUAACGCUGAAUUUUAUAGUUAUUGAUUAAAAGAAAACAAAUAGAAAAACAAGAAAAGUGAUAUUGGUUAAGAUGGCAACGGCAUUAGCGCCAAUUACGAAGUUUAAAACUAAACAUUUGUUUCGUCUAAUAAAUAAAUGAAGACUAAAACGAAAACUAAAAACGAAUACGCCUUUAGGCCCGAUUGUGGCAAUUAAAGUGAGUUCGUGUGUAGUAAUACUAUUAACAAUAAAAUAUAAAUUAUGUAACUAUGCCACAUGUGGCGCCAGGAGAAUUAAGCCUUCUCCAGAUUUGUUAAAUUAUGCACCCUUUCUUAUUAUUGCGUUAAAUCCAGCAUAAUUAUAGCCGAUUAAGAGAGUAUUAAGUAUUGUAUAUUGUCACAGCUAAUAUUUAUAUAAAAAUAUAUAUACAAAUAUUACAUGUAUUUACUAUGUUUUUGUCCGUAAUUUAUUUUAACCUAUUUAAUUCUGCGCCGCACUGCAUUGUAUUGUCAUGCGAAUGUGUUAUUAUCGAUAAUAAUAGCAACUAUAAUGUAGCAUAUCGUUUUCAAUUUUUGUAAGAUUUCAAAUGUUUGAUUUGCUAUUGACGAAUACACACACAUACACAUACAUACAUACAAACAUACUAAGCUAAUAAGUAUUAAUUAUUACAUUUAGUACACACGUGGACUAGUCUCGAAGCAAUACAGAACAAACACAUAUAAAUAUUUGCAAUAAUUAAUUCAAAUCGAAUUGGGAUUAAAUUAGAAAUGUCAAUUCGUUUAGAUAGCACAUUGCAUAGCAUUGCAUUGUAGAUUUGUUUACUAAGUUCUAAAGACGCCAAUUAACUAUAUGUAUAUGUAUGUAUUUAUAUUGCUAAUAUGUGUGCAUGUCAAGCAAGUGAUUAUGUAAAGAUAAACAAAACAUCAAGCAAAAUAAAA